GCAAGAAAACAAGGCGUAACGUCCCCACGCACAAUUGCUACGUCUCUCUCGCUCAACGUUUCUAGCCAACACCACCAACAAACUCUCUCUCUCUCUCAUCUUAUAUCAUUAGUGUUGUUCAACCUAAAUCGAAGACGAAUCUCCGGUGACAGAUUUGCGGAAGAGAUGUGUUGUGGACGGAUAUGCAUGCUGUGCACGUGUUUGGUUCUGGUGGUGAUCACGAUUGGUUUUCUAUUCGGGUUCGGAGUUUUCAAGGACGGUUUCCACAAGAUCCACGAUUCCGGUAAACUCGAAUGCGAUCCCAGAUUCGGCUGCGGCGGAGGCGUUGGCGUUGGCCGUCGCGGUUACGGCUUCCCCGGUAAUAACUAGCUAGCCAAGCUGCAUGGUCCGAUCGAAUCUUUCGAAUCGACGGCGUUGUGUGUUGGAUUCUGAUAUAUCGAAUCUUCUGGUUUUGUUUUUCUUACGUUUCUCUCCAUAAUAUUUGAUUCCUUUGUGCAUUAUAGUGUUUCGUUAAUCAGAUUUGAUUUUAUUUUAGCUACAUCCGUAACGUCUCUAAUUCGCAAUUUCAUCAUUCUUUUUAUGUUAAUGCAAUUUUCGCAGCUUUUGAGCAUAAAGUUAAAACCUAUAAGCGUUAGGCUAUUAAAUAAUAAUAAAAAACAAUAAACAUAUAAAAUUUUAAAUAUUCUUAUUCUUAUCUCCACUAAAGUAAAAGAUUCUCGAUGACUACAAAAAGUAAAAUUCUCGCAACAGGUAAACCACUUCUUCACAGGUGACACAGAUUAUAUUUUUAUUUUAGGUGUGUCUGCGGAGUGGUUAAGGGAUCCUAGUGGUUAAUUACUUUUAAAGAGUUUGUUAAAUUUGUUUAUUGGUAAUAAAUUGAUUAUCUCGAAUGAUAUUUGGAAAACUUUAUGGACAAUUUUCUCAAAUAGAUUUUUUUAAGUUUUUAUCACAAAAAUGGAUCCCAAAAACUAAAAUGACAAUAAUAACAUUUUUUGUUUUGAAUUUUUUUUUUUUUUAAAUAUUGAAAUCCUAUUUCCAAAACCUCAAUUCUCGGCUCUAUUUUAUUUUUAAUUACUUUUAAAGAGUUUGUUAAAUUUGUUUAUUGAUAAUAAAUUGAUUCUCGAAUAAUAUUUGGAAAACUAUAUUUUCAAAUGAAUUGCCAAACAAAAAAAAAAAGCUAUAAACGGUCGGGCGGGUAAAUCCAAGUCCAACUAACAAAUUAAAACGACUCAGGGGUACUUUCGGGAUUCUCCCAACUUCGGGUAGAGCCUCUUGCUUAAAAAGCGGGUUUAGGGUCAGUGUUUUGACUUCCUUCAUAAGACAAAAGCGUUAAUAUAACAACAAAGGUAAGGAAAGCCAACUAGUGAAGCCAGAGAGAUACCAACAAAGCAGGAGAAGGAGAACGAUUCACAAGAUGAGGAUCACUGUGAUGACCGCCGGCGAACAAAUCAUCACCCUUGACGUCGAUUCACACGAAACCGUUGAGAAUGUUAAAGCCUUGCUCGAGGUUGAGGCGAAUGUUCCGAUUCAGCAGCAGCAGCUCUUGUACAAUGGCAAUGAGAUGAGGAACUCUGAUAAAUUGAGUGCAUUGGGUGUUAAAGAUGAUGAUUUGUUGAUGAUGAUGGUUUCCAAUGCCUCAUCUGGUAGUGUGGGAGGGAGUGAUUUGGGUAUGAAUCCUGAUGGGUCAGCUUCGAACCCUGCAGCUUUUCAGCAGCAUAUUCGGGGUGAUGCUAAUAUUAUGGGACAGUUGUUCCAGACUGAUCCUGAGCUUGCACAAGUGAUUUCUGGAAGCGAUUUAAAUAAGUUACAGGAUGUUUUGCGUUCACGGCAUCAACAGCGAUCUGUAGCGCAGCGUCAGAAGGAGGAGGAACUUGCCCUAUUGUAUGCAGAUCCUUUUGAUGUUGAAGCACAGAAGAAAAUCGAAGCUGCAAUUCGGCAGAAAGGAAUUGAUGAGAACUGGGAAGCUGCCCUUGAACAUAACCCCGAAGGUUUUGCUCGGGUGAUAAUGCUGUAUGUGGAUAUGGAGGUCAAUGGUAUACCUCUACAGGCUUUUGUUGAUAGUGGUGCUCAAUCAACAAUCAUAUCCAAGAGUUGUGCUGAGAGAUGCGGAUUGCUGAGACUGAUGGAUCAACGGUAUAAAGGUAUUGCUCAGGGUGUUGGCCAAACAGAGAUAUUAGGCCGUAUUCAUGUCGCUCCAAUCAAGAUUGGAAAAAACUUUUACCCGUGUUCAUUCAUAGUGCUGGAUUCACCUAACAUGGAGUUCCUUUUUGGCCUGGAUAUGCUGCGUAAGCAUCAGUGCACUAUUGAUUUGAAGGAUAACGUCCUGACUGUUGGAGGAGGAGAGGUCUCAGUUCCCUUUUUGCAAGAGAAAGACCUCCCUUCUCGAUUCCUGGAUGAAGGUGGUGUCCCGAAUCAAGCAUCUAGCUCUGGAGCAGCAGUUCCUUCUGGGUUUACAGAGAAGAAGAGUAACACAGUUGCAAGCCCAGCGAGUCAACCUUCAAGAUCAGAGGGACCUGAGUUUGAAGCGAAGAUUGCAAAGCUUGUUGAGUUAGGAUUCUCCAGAGAAGCAGUAGUGCAAGCUCUGAGAUUGUUUGAAGGAAACGAAGAACAAGCUGCUGGGUUUCUCUUUGGUGGAUGAAGAUAGAUCAAAAAUAAAAUUGUCCCAUUUACCAAAAAGGCCAACAAACUGUGAUUUAAAAAGAGACUCUUUUCCAUCUGCCUUUAUUUAUUAUUUGUAUUUUAUUAGCUCUUCUUUACAAAACAUAGCACUGGUGCAACUGCGAGAGACCAUGUCCUCAUGACUUCUCUGAGACCAUGUCUCCAUGACAAUGCUGUUGCGUAAGCAGACAAAGGUUUUCGUAGAAACGGAAUUAUUUAUCUCUCUCUA